AUGCCUUUGCCUAAUAGCAUUCAAGGCACAUAUACGGUUCGAAGAAAUUUAGAAGUCCUAGAUAAUUUCAAGUCCAGAAAAGUUAAAGCCAAUUCUAUCUAUGGAGAGAGCCUACGGAAUAAAGAUGGUAUAGUCACUAUACUCGAUUUGGAUAGUCAAACGCCUAGUCUCUCCAUUCAGAAAAAUAAAGGUAAAUAUACCAUCUCUCUUGCCGAGACAACUUAUGUUUUUCCAUUAAUUGAUGAUGAACAUGAUGUCAGGCUUGUAACAGACGAUACUCUGCUUAUAACAGAAGACGGCUUAUCUGUUAAACCAGAGACACUCCUGCAACCUCUCUAUAGGGCUCCCGACUCACGAACAGUAAGCCUAAACAUUGAUGAUGAUGAACUAAAAGUUGAGGAUGAAAAAUUAACAGUCAUUCCUUAUAACUAUGAUUUUCCACUCUACAGGGAUGCCGAAUCAUGUACGGUUGGUUUACAAGCAGAUGAUACUUUGCUUAUAACUGAAAACGGUCUAUCGGUUAAUUUUCCUGAUCCUGAGACGCUGAAAAAGCCGUUGUAUCGUGACCAGAGCGGCCUUGGAAUCAAACUUCAUAAAAGUCUAAAGGUGAACAAUAAUGACGAAUUGGAAACUAACAUUCAGUCGGUACUAAAAGCAUUUGGCGCUCUGAAAUCGAGUUCAGGUGCGGAUACGUUGUUAGACAUCGGGUCUUCAUGGCUCGACUUUGGAUUCGAUAGUUUGACCGAAAUGACUGAUGUGUUAGGAGAAGUAGAUACCACAGCCAUUCGCCUAAUGGUAGAUAGUUCCACAUUCAGUCAAGCGGGUUCGAGAUUGUCCCUGAAAUCACCCGGAUAUGAACAAAUCAUGUAUGGGAACCUUACUUAUGGCUACUCGGGAAGUUCUUCAUUCACCUAUUCGUCCACGCUUCAGGAGUUGCGUGUACCCAAUGUAAAGUUAAGCGGAACAUUGCCUGCGAUUGGAGGUGGCUCGUAUGCUGUAAGUAAAGACUAUCUUUCGCAAUUUUAUCAAGGCUCUCAAACUGGAGCGAUUGCAGUGGGACCCGAGUUUAGUGGAAGACGUGAAAUCGGUGUGCUCGUUGAUAACCAAACAGUUCGAGUUGUAGGUAACCAGUUAACAGGUGGCUACAUUUUUCAGGACUUUAAUGGAGUGGCGGUUCGUCCUGGCACUACAAACGAUAUUAUGCUGUCUCUCAAAUGUGAGGCUGGCAGUUGUCUCCAAAUGGUCAAAGCAGAUACCAUUAAAGACGUACUGACUUGCAGCAAUGGUAUCGAGAGAGUACAGAAUGACCUUCAACUCGAUCUAAAAGUUGAUGCUAACAGCGGUUUGGCUAUGGUCAACAGGGGUACCAUACGGGAUAUCUUUACAGCCUCCCAAGGGGUCACCAGGAUGGGGAACGACUUCAGACUGAGUUUAACAGCACAGUCACCCGAUCUUACUCUAAACAAUGGUGUUCUGAGUUCAAACAUCGCUGCGGGAAUUGGACUGCAAAAAAAUGGUGCGAUUUUGUCAACAAACCUAAGAGGUAUCAAUGGAGUGCAAGUUAGCGGCGAUUUGAUUUCAUGUUCGAUUUCAGGAAGUGAUACUAUUCUUCGCGUAGGCAAUUCCUUAAGAGGUAAUUAUGUGGGCAGUACCAACUCAUAUGGAAGUAUUAUUGUUGUUGGAAAUACGAUUCAGUAUAACAUGAUUCCUCCUCAAUUCGUAAGUAACAGUCCAAAUCUCAUCAUUACAGGUUCGUAUCCGCUUUAUAACUUUACCCUCAUUGACCCUACGCCACUAUCGAAACAAAGGGAUACCGAUAAUACUGAACAGACUGAUACCGCAGAAGUGUUGAAAACGGAUGUUCCUGGAGGCAACGUAGUUGUCCUUAGUGGCUUAACACCGCUUACAGCAAUACCUUUCCCAGCGAUGGUAUCGCCGCCCUUGACAGUCCCUAUGGCUGUAAACUCCAUCCUCCCAAUCGUCUCAACGUUCCCUUGGGGAAUGAUUUUCGGAGGGUCACGCAAACACCCUGUUACCUUCAUGCCACCAUUGGAGCCAGGCUCUAACAUUGCAAUUGCUUCAGACCCUAUUGGAGGUUGUACUCGUCUCUUGUUUGAUACGCCUUCAUGUUAUCGAGGCAUCAAAUACGAAUACCCUCAGCAAGCAAUUAAUCUCUCGAUGUUAAGAGAUUACGACAAUGAUGUUAUCAAACCUUGGGUCGGAAGCCAGAUAACUAAUCUAACUUCAAAUAAUGUUACAUUUGGCGGCAAUAUCUCAGGGAAAGUCAUUACAGGAAGCAGAGUUCAAACGACCGCCUCUGUAGCAGGAGGCUCGUCUGUCUUUAUUUCAAAUAGUUUUGACGGUACAAAAUCGUCUUGGCUGGGUCUGGAUGGUUCUGGUUUUUUAGGGUACGCUAGUGAUGCUGCUACGUGGUUAGGAGCACAAGACAAGCCGAUUUACAUUUACGGACGGACAUCUAGUGCAGUAUCUCUGGGUCUAAGAGUGGACACAAAUGGUUCAUGCCUUGUUGGUAGUGACCUAACUGUCGGAGCCUCUUCUGUAAAUGGGUUACGUGCCCUUACCGUAAGCAAUGCAAGUACAGGGACGAAUGGAUGUAGUAUUCUUUAUCUUACGGCCUCAGGAGGUUCUGGAGUGAUGUUUUUGAACGGAAACAAUAGGAGUGUGGACGGAGGCAUUAACGCAAUGACGUUGAGAAAUGAUAUUGGUAACCUUCGGCUUCAAGCACAGACCGCUAGAGGACUGACAAUACUCGCGAACACUGGAAUUGUUACACUGGAUGCUACAAAUGAUGCAUCCUCUACAACAACAGGUGCAUUACAGGUUGCUGGUGGAUUAGGAGUCCAAGGCACAGUGUACAUGGGAAAAUAUGCUAUUAUAUCUACUACAGCGGCUGCUGCCUUUCAAAUAAACAAUGGAUCAUUCGGAUAUACAGCAACAGCAGGUCAAUGGGUAACAAAUUCAGUUGCUGGAGACUACAUCAUUCGAGCCUCCGCUAGUAAUUUGCGUAUCGGUACAAAUAAUGCAACGGCUUCGAAUUUGGAUAUUCUCUCAUCUGGGAAUGUUAUUAUCAAUAUGACAACUGAUGCUACUUCCUCAACAUCCGGCUCGUUCCAGGUGAAAGGCGGUGUAGGCAUCGCUAAAUCACUGUACGUUGGAGGGGAUGUAUACACAAACGGAGUGAAAGUAGCCACGGAAUCCUUUGUAACAACAGGAUAUCAGCCCCUGAUUACACCUGCGAGUUCGCUUAACCUGAGCGGUUUAACGGUACAAAAUUCAAACACCAAUGCUUCAGCGAUCACACUAGGGAACACUAGUGCUGCACAGACAUGGAAUAUCCAUGUGGCUGGUUCUGCAAACUCGAAUCUGCUAACUGGAACACUCGGUUUCUACUCUUCCCUUCAAGAUAAGGGGUAUGUUUUCCAAAUUGACCCAUCAGGUAAUACGGUCAUGAGUGGCGGCCUAGGAGUAUCAACUGAUGCAUAUAUUGGUGGAAUGGCUUACAUUGGUGGUAUUGAAGUUGCAACUCAGAAAUUUGUAAUUGAUAACACCGCUCCAAUAAGUCAAUCCUUGUCUUCAUUGACAACCACAGUUAAUAAUAACAAUAAUACCGUUACUACUGCACUCGCAUCGAAGCAAACAAUGAACAGUGCUACCAACUCCAUCUAUAGUAUGACGGUACAACCUGAUAGUUGGCUAUAUUCUUCUGCUGGAACUACGUUCGAGAAUGUUACUUCCACUCAAGUGAAAGGCAUCCUCGAUAUAGCAACCAACGCUAAUGUGAAUACACUCCUUUCUGGUAAACAGAACAACAUAACUACAUCAACUAAUUUGAGUCUUGCCUCAGUUACGGCUAGUGGUUAUGUAACAGUAAUUAAUGGUGCCAAUCCAACAUAUAUGUCCCUGGUCAACACUUCGUCAAAUAUCACUUGGGGUCUUCGAGUAGCAGGUUCAACAGCCGAUGGCUCUAACCCUGCAGGUGGGUUCGGAAUCAACUGUUCAUACAACAACAUCGGCUAUGUCUUCAAAAUUUCCAACACCGGUAUUACACAGAUAACAAAUACCUCACAAUCGACUAGUUCAACUACAGGAGCACUUCUAGUAAGCGGGGGUUUAGGUGUUGCAAAGGACUUAUAUGCGGGAGGAAAUGUGAUUAGUAGCACCUCUGUGGAUGCUCCAAACUGGGUGCAAUCUAGAAACGUUUCGUCUGGCGUUAAUGCCUAUUCAGCCGUUGGUUGUGCCAAUGAUAGCGGAAAUGGAGCCUUACUCUUUCUCAACUCUUCUACAAGGACUGCUGAUGGCUCGUCGAAUAACGCUACACUUAGGAAUGACUGCGGGGACAUGAACAUCCAAGGAAAAUCAGGUCUCGGAUUGGGUCUACGGAUUGUAUCCAUUUCAAAUGAAGUGAAAGUCUUGACCGCUACAGACUCCUCAUCUGUGACAUCAGGAGCCUUGCAGGUAUCUGGGGGUGUUGGAAUUGCGAAGACUCUGUGGGUUGGUAAUAAGGUAACCAGUGGAAAAGGGACUGGCUAUGGUUUUGGAUGGGGUAGCAUCGGUGGAAAUGUCAAUACUGGUGACAUGACAUUCUUCUCCCCAUCUUCGAAUGGCCAAGCCUUCUUCAACGAUCAGAUUAACGAUGUCUGCCUGUGGGCAUGGAAUACUAACCUGAGAUUUGGUGUUACAAAUAGUUCAUCUCAACUAGAUAUUCUCUCAUCUGGGAAUGUCGUUAUCAAUACAACCACAGAUGCUUCAUCCUCAAUCACAGGUGCAUUCCAAGUAAGGGGAGGUGUUGGAAUAUCUAAGAAUCUCUACUGUGGAGGGAGUCUGUACUCCAAUAAUCUGAAAGUUGCAACCGAGAGUUAUGUAGGGGCAGCCAUUGCUUCAAAACAGACAUCGAGUCCGCUCCUAGAUUCCAUUAGUGGAGUCACACUAUCUGCAAAUUCUUUCAUUUUAGGGAGUUCUGCAACGACAUUCGCGGUGAAAACUCCUGAAGAGGUGAAGACAAUAUUAGGCAUUACAAAUGUCGAUCUCUCAGUGAAGCAAAAUGCAUCACCCUUACUCUCUACUCUCGCUGCGAUGUCACCAAUGAGCAAUAUGUUUCUCAUGGGAGAUGAUGUCCAAGGAUUCACUCUCGCAAAUGACAUCGCUGUGCGAAGUAUUUUAAACAUUGUUGACUAUGCCCCCAGCAUAUCAGCACUGCAAACAUCGAAACAAGAUUUACUCACACCUACCAGCAAUCUGUCGGUAAAUACAAUUCUUGCUAAUGAUACAUCCGAGGCAACAACCGUAUCAAGUGGGGCUCUACAGGUUAAAGGAGGAAUAGGGGUUUCUAAAAGUAUCUUCUCAGGUGGAAACAUUACUGGAAAAGUUCUUAUAGCAGCCUCUACAGGUGGAUAUUUCAAGUUGAGAAGCGACACUCCCUCUACGAAAGGAGACUAUACUAUUUCCUACAACAACUCCAGAGAUGCCCUUCACGUCCACCUCGCCAGCUCGUCUGAUAGCGUAGACCAACGUCGUUAUGAAUUCGGUCAUUAUUCCAGUGAUACCUUUGGAACAUGGAAUAGCCGAUUCUCGGUUAACACCUACACCGGAGACCUCAUCUCAUCCGGUAAUCUAACUAUCGGUUUGCCACUUAACGGGCUACGGGCUAUUAUUCUUAAAAACCUCGACUCUGGUAGCAAUAGUUGUGCCAUCCAAUACUUCCAGAAUGCAGCAGGUUCUGCUGUUAUGUUUUUGAAUGGAAACAACCGGAGUGUCGAUGGAGGUCAAAACGCGAUGACGUUGAGAAAUGAUAUUGGAAAUCUUCGGCUCCAAGCACAGACUGCUAAAGGACUAAUGAUACAGGCAAACACCGGAAAUGUCACAAUUGAUUCUACAACACCAGCAUUGAGUUCUUCCACAGGAGCAUUGGUCAUUUCAGGAGGUGUCGCGGUUGCUGCACAUGUUGUUGCAGGAGGGAAUCUGUAUUCGAACGGUGCUGUCUAUAGCAAUGGUCAGGUUUGUGCUACUCAACCAUGGGUUGCCAGUCAAACAUUUCUAAGAAAUGUUCAAGUUAUCAAACUUUUGACUAAAGACGUGUGGCAAUCCAACAAUGCCUCGAAGGUCUUCUAUGUUUCGACACCUGGCAAGGUACUUAUGGAGUGGACGCUCAACCUCCAUGGCACAGCAAACUCAAAUGGUACAUUGUCAAUAUUUCUUGGCCAAAGUGCUGGGUCGAUGCCUCUUGUGUACUCGAGCGACUUUAACUUUAAUUCGGGAGUCAAUCGUACAAUCACAGCAGCCUUUGUUGUUACAGGGAUGUCCGAUAACGUUGCUUACUUCACAAAUUUUAGUAUCAGUCAGGCUGCUCCCGAUAACACAACUGAUGUUACCCUCAUUAAAAUCACUGAACUCGGACAAUAG